AUGGUCUUUAAGCCGUUUACCCAUCUCGCGCGCCAGAGUUUCACCAAAGCCUUCACCCAUGGCUAUGCUCAGUCGGUAGUCGCGGCGUCGCAGUCCUACGCGUCGUCCACCACUCUCAACCACCUCGCCUCCCAUCCCGCCAAGUUCUCCCGUACCACCCAAUUGCAAAAUGCCUUCUCGAACGCGUCCAGUUCGUCUGGCGCUGGCGCCAAGGCCAGCCAGGGAGGUUCCAGCUCUGGCGACUUCGGCUUAGCUGCCUACUACGCCGCCUGGCAGCAGGCCCAGCAGACCGGCGAUGACAGUGACUGGAGACAGUUUGAGUUCAAGCGCCGCAUUGGCUGGAAGCCCUCAGAGGAGACCGAGAACGCCCAAGACGAGCGAGUCGCCUCCCCCGAUCUUCCACACCCCACCAAGGCCGCCGUGAAUGAGAACGUCAGUGCGCAAGUCGAGGAAGCUGUCGCUCGCGAGAUCCAGAUCCAAGAAGAACAAGCCCAGGCAGAGGAGGCAUCGCAAGCAACCGAGGCUGAGAUCGCUGCAGAGUCGACGAUUGAGGAUGUCUCGCUGUCCGAGGCGGUUUCCGCUGAGACCAAGGCUGCUUCGGAGUGGAUCGUGCAACUGGCCACCGACAAGAAAUACACAGAGAUUCCCGCUGCAUUCGAAUCAUUGCUCCGUGAUGGAUUGACUCCGACCGUCGAGGCCUACAACGCUCUGCUGGUCGCCGCCAUCCAACUCCACCCGGAAGCUGCUCAGGCGAUCCCUAAAGCCCUCGAUGUGUACUCCGAUAUGCUUCGCCGAAGGGUGAUUCCCGACGAAGACACUUAUCAGACCCUGGUCCAACUGCUGGUUGUCCAGGUUCACGACACAAUCACGGCCAAGAAGGCACUGGAGCAGGAGCGCGUUCGCUAUGGUGGCAUGGAGGAGCCUGGCAAGUUCAUGCUUCAAUCUAGCGAGCUCGAGCGUGAGAUCCUUGCUGAGGAUCACUCGUUGUCCAUCGCCGUCACACUCUUCGACACUGCCACCACCCGACACCCACAUCUGGUGUUCCCGCUCGAGCUGUAUACCCAAUUGAUUAUUGCCUGUGCUCGUGAGGGCAAGGUUGAGGACAUGAUCCGGAUCUAUUCUCACAUGGAAAUGCAGAAGGUUGAACCCCAUGCCGCCAUUUUUCCCUUCAUGAUUGAUGCAUUUGCUGGUACUGGUGACCUGAAGAGCGCUGUCGAGUGCUAUAACGAGUACCGCAACCUGGCCGUUUCAGAUGACAAUGGUGUUUUCACGAUUGUUAAGCGUCUCGAUGGCGAAGUCUACGCAGCCGUGAUCCGUGCCUAUCUUUCUUGUGGCAAGGAGGGUGGCGCCAUGCAUUUCCUUGAUCGCAUUCGCUCCUCAUUCAAUGAGGUGACUGAAAACCGCGACAGUCGCUGGACUGCCAUCGAGUGCGUAAUUAUUAAGGAUGCCCUUGUCCAGCAUGCUCUGGAUGCUGGCGAUUACAGCAAGGCUCUUGAGCAGGCAAAGGCCCAAUUGCACGAUGAGGCCCGCGAUCAGGCCAUCUCCCGGAUCUGCAUUGCUGCGGCUGAUUCUGGUGAUCUCACCACCGCUUCUGAAGCAUACGAUCGUCUCUCCACCUCGCCUGCUACCCGCCAGCUCCCCGCCAUUUCGCUGCUCGCGCUCCACGUCCGCCGGGGCAAUGUUUCGGCGGCCCGCUCUUUGUGGAUCAUGCUGAACACCGUGGGUCAGGCAACCCCGGAUAUGGUCCAGCCGACCGCCAUGUACACCGUUGCUAUGCUCAAGAGCGGCCAAGUUGAGGAGGGCCUUCACGAGGCCCGCAACAUGUUCACCCGUAUUCGCAACGCCUCUGCCAAGCAGAUUGCUGUCGCUCCCACUACUGUUCGAGAGCAGAUCACCGAGUCACUUCACCUCUUUGGUCGCGUCCUUACGCAGGCGGCCACUGUUCUCUCUCCCCAAGCAUCGAUGACUCUCUUGUGGUCUAUGGUUGAGAAUGGUGGCCUGGUGUCUCCCUUGGCCGAGCACGCUGUCGCUAACCUCGGACCCAUUGGCAUUUCACAGUUGAACCCAGCCGACCUCACCCUGGCUCUUCAAGUCCAGGCCGGUAUGCUUGCCAGCAACAGCGCCAUGAUCUUUGAUGUCGCCCAUCCCAUUCGGUUUGCGCACAUGCUAGAUGUUGCUCUGUCGGCCGCUCUGCCUCUGGAUGCCUACACGACUCGUCUUGUUGACCAGGCUGUCGGAAAGCUCUUCACGAGCCGCCCUGAUGUGGUCAAGAGAUGGCAGGAUCACCUGGAGGGGUCUACCCAGACCUCAUUUCCGUCUGAUCGCCACAGCCCAGUCUCCAUGGCUGACACCAACAUCACGACACCGUCCAUGGGCUCCGAUGCCUUUGACCCGUAUGCUCAUGCCACUGACUUCCGGGGAUCUGCUAUCAUCGCCGAUGAGCUUGAGAAGACCGCCGGUCGUGCUGAGACUCAUCUGAAUGAGGCUAUGAUUCGCUUGAAGAAUAUGCGCCGCAUUGGCCGCCACCCUCGCUAUAUAACGUACGCUAAGCUCAUUACUGCCGCCGCAAAGGUCGGUCGUAUGGAGUUGGUCAACGAGAUCCACGGCAUGGCCCGCGCCGAUGUUCCUCUGAACCAGGCUCACAACGCCGUCAAGUAUGGUUGGGUUUCGAUUCUGGAUGCUAUGGUCUCUGCUUGCCUUACUCUUGGUGAUCGCCAUUUGGCUGGUCAGUACCACCAGGAGCUGCUUGGUUUGGGCUCAGCCCCCUCAGCCAACACUUUCGGUUUGUACAUCACCACCUUGAAGGAGUCUACCAAGACCUUCGACGAGGCCACCGAAGCCCUGAAGAUCUUCCACCGUGCUGUUGCCGAGGGCGUUGAGCCGUCAUCGUUCCUGUACAAUGCUCUUAUCGGCAAGCUGGGUAAGGCUCGUCGCAUCGACGACUGCCUCGCAUACUUCGCGGAGAUGCGCGCCAACAACGUCCGCCCGACCAGCGUCACCUACGGCACCAUUGUCAACGCUCUCUGCCGUGUCAGUGACGAGCGCUUCGCCGAGGAAAUGUUCGAGGAGAUGGAGUCUAUGCCCAACUACAAGCCCCGUCCCGCCCCGUACAAUUCAAUGAUCCAGUACUUCCUCAACACCAAGCGCGAUCGCAGCAAGGUCUUGGCUUACUACGAGCGCAUGCAGACCCGAAAUAUUAAACCGACCAUGCACACAUACAAGCUCCUCAUCGACGCUCACGCUUCCCUCGAGCCCGUCGACAUGGACGCCGCCGAGAAGGUGCUCGAGUCCAUGCAGGCUGCCGGCCAGCAACCAGACGCCGUGCAUUACGCCUCUCUCGUCCACGCUAAGGGCUGCGUUCAGCACAAUCUCCCCGCUGCCCGCAAAGUGUUCGAUGCGGUCAUUGCCGAUCGCCGCGUGCGCCUCCAGCCCUGCUUGUACCAGGCGCUCUUUGAGGCGAUGGUCGCCAACGACCGCGUUGUAGACACUGAGGAAGUUGUUCACGGCAUGCAGCAGCGUAACAUCGAGAUGACCGCCUACAUCGCCAACACCCUGAUCCACGGCUGGGCCACCGAGGGCAACGUCUCUAAGGCCAAGGCCAUCUAUGACAGCAUUGGCAUCGAGAAGCGCGAACCUAGCACCUACGAGGCCAUGACCCGGGCUUUCCUCGGCGCUGAUGACCACGCUGCCGCCGCUGGCAUUGUUCAGGAGAUGGUGUCGCGCGGAUACCCGUCCGCUGUGGCAAGCAAGAUUAUCGAUCUUGUGGGUGCUACCGGUGCGACCACUGCUCCCUCCGUUUAA